AUGGCUGUGUGCUUGAAUCCGGGGGUGCCCCCGGAGUUUCCAGGCGAGGCGCUUGAGAGCAAGGACGGCGAGCUCGGGGACUAUGCCCCGGCACCCAAGCAGUGCCACAAGUGCUUGAAGCUGAAGCCUCCUCGCGCGCACCACUGCAGUGUCUGCAAGACCUGCGUGAUGAAGAUGGAUCAUCAUUGCCCGUGGAUCAACAACUGCGUCGGCAUAAACAACUAUCGGUACUUCUGCCUGUUCAUGUUCUUCCUGGCCAUGGGCUGCCUGUACUACACUGUCUUGGGCUCUCGCCUCUUCUUCCAAGCGCUGGUCCCGGCCAGGAAAAGGACAAUCAAGCUCAAGUUUGAGGACAUCCAGUGUGUCACCCUCUCUUGGCUGGUGAGUAUCUGCAUCUUCUGUGCGAUCUGCCUUCUUGGCGGCUUCCACUUGUACCUCGUUCUCACCAAUCAGACCACCAUCGAGUUUCACACGAACAUGGCUGGUCGACAGAUCGCACGCAAGCGGGGUGAGAUACACAGGAACCCAUACGACUUGGGCAUGAGCCGGAACUUCCAGCAGGUGUUCGGGCCGAACACAUUCUUUGGCUUCCGCUGGCUCCUUCCCUACGUGGCUAGGAGGCCUACCUGCAACGGGCUCGAGUAUCCAAUGGUGUCCGACUUCCGCGCCUGA